GAGGGAAAGGAUAGAUAUACAGAGGGAGGGAUAAAAUGUAUUGAUGAGUAAGACGGGGAGUAUCGUUGACAUCAACCAGCAGUGUUUAAAGCUACCCGACCGGAGAUGGUCCCCCGACACACGAGCGCAGAGUAACGGUCCUGUAGGGCUUCUGAGGAGGCGAGAGGAAAGCUUGCGUUCCCUGACGAAAAGUAAAACCUUUCUGAGGAGCUCAGCUGUCAAAUGGGAUUCUUAUUUCUGUCCGGGGUUCAAGGGAAACUGCCAGCUAAAAGUCCAUCCACAUGAAUUUAUCAGACCAAAAAGAAGACGGAACACUCACUUUCCCUAUUAAGUCCCGUGGGCUGUUGCUGGUCAGUAAGAGUCCUUUUAGCCAAUGCCCUGGUUAUCUGCAACCCUGGGGCUUGAGCAUCUCAGCGGCACCAAUGUGAGGGGACGUGAGUCAAGAGACUAUAAUAGAAGGAUACUUGUCUGUUGUGCAGCUUAUCUAGAGAAUCAUCCAGAGGACUCUCCUUGCAGCUUUCAAGAUUGAGCGAUCCUGCCCCUGCCCAAUAGGAAACCCUCUGAAGUUGAAGUAGGAAAGAGUCUGGCUGAGCUGCUGUUGCUGUUAUGUCCCCGAGUGACAGCAGCUAUAAACGAUGGGGGAGAUUGAGUGACAAGAUGGCUGACAUGAUAGAAACUGGCAAACUGGCUCAUCAGACCUGGAAUGAAGGCUGAGGUCCACUGGAUGGUCACACGGAGAAUUCACACAGAGCAGGCCAUGAUGCCUCAGCCAGGGCUGUAGGAAACACCCAGGGAGUGCCCUGCUGAGGGAAGUUCCCCCCACCCCAUCCCCACCUCCAUCUCCUAUCGCAGGAGGUACCAUGGUUCCCCCCAGGCCAGGUGGAACCGUAGCCCAGUCCAGGGCGACUCGUCCUGGUUACGGACUCUGCUUGUACCCCCCUUGUCUGCUGCUGCCACUGCUGGUGCUCACAUCCCUGCCCAACCUGUCUGGGGCGGUGGCGGCACCCAAGUUCACCAAGAUCCCCGGGGACCAGAUCGGGGUAUCGGGGGGUGUUGCCUCGUUUGUGUGCCAGGCGUCAGGUGACCCCAAACCCAGGGUCAACUGGAACAAGAAGGGCAAGAAGGUCAACUCCCAACGCAUAGAGACAAUAGAGUUUGAUGAUGGAGCGGGGGCCGUACUGAGGAUCCAGCCUCUCAGGGCCCCCCGAGAUGAGAAUGUCUAUGAGUGUGUGGCCCGCAACAGUGAGGGAGAUGUGGCCACCACUGCGAAGCUGGCCAUCAUACGAGAGGACCUGUUGCCAUUUGGUUUCCCCAGCAUUGACAUGGGUCCUCAGCUGAAGGUGGUAGAGAGGACCAGGACGGCCACCAUGCUGUGUGCUGCCAGUGGCAUCCCUGACCCAGAGAUCUCCUGGUUCAAAGACUUCCUCCCUAUAGAGCCCAGCUCCAGCCAGGGACGCAUUAAACAGCUGCGCUCAGCUUUUGGUGCCCUCCAGAUAGAGAACAGUGAGGAGUUGGACCAGGGAAAGUAUGAGUGUGUGGCCACUAACUCUCAGGGAGUGCGUUACUCUUCCCCGGCCAACCUGUAUGUACGAGAGCAACGAGAAGGAUCAACAGACAAAUUGCGUCGUGUGCCCCCUCGUUUCUCCAUCCUGCCCUCCAACCAUGAGAUCAUGCCCAGCGGCAGCAUCAACAUCACCUGUGUGGCGGUGGGUUCACCAAUGCCCUACGUCAAAUGGAUGCUGGGUAGUGAGGACCUGACACCUGAGGACGAGAUGCCGGUGGGGCGGAACGUUCUGGAGCUCAACGGAAUCAGGGAGUCGGCCAACUACACCUGUGUGGCCAUGAGCAGUCUGGGGGUUAUAGAGGCCACUGCACAGGUGUCAGUUAAGACUCUUCCCAAGCCUCCCGGUACCCCCAUCGUCACGGAGACGACUGCCACCAGCGUCACCAUCACCUGGGACUCCGGUAACCCCGACCCGGUGUCCUAUUACAUCAUCCAGUACCGGGCCAAGGCACCAGACAGCAAGUACGAGACGGUGGACAGUAUCACCACCACCAGGUACAGCAUUGGAGGGCUCUACCCCAACACGGAGUAUGAGAUCAGGGUGUCAGCCGUCAACAGCAUCGGCCAGGGACCCUCGUCCACCCGGGUGGAGGCCAGGACAGGGGAGCAGGCCCCGGCUAGCCCCCCCAGGAACGUCCAGGCCAGGAUCAUCUCCAAGAACACUGUCAUGGUCCGCUGGGAGGAACCAGAGGAGCCCAAUGGACAGGUGAAAGGUUACCGGGUGUACUACACCAUGGACCCAUCUCAGCCCAUGAGUCUGUGGCAGAUCCAUAAUGUUCAGGACAGCACCAUCACCUCCAUCCAGAGCCUGGUAACCUCUGAAACAUACACUGUCAGAGUCCUGGCCUUUACAUCUGUGGGAGAUGGACCCUUUUCUGAUCCUGUCCAUGUCAAAGUGCUGCCCGGAGUUCCAGGGCAGCCAGGAAAGUUCAAGGUGGGCAAGGUGACGGAGACCAGUAUAGAGCUGACCUGGGAACCGUCCUACAUCAAGGAGGGCAUCGUCAACUACGAACUGCUCUACAAACCUGUCAAGUUCGGCAGCCUGGAGAAGUUUACGUUUGGGCCCAGGGCUUCGUACACAGUGGAGGGUCUGAGGGCGAACACGGAGUACUCCCUCUCCCUGGCUGCCAUUUCAAACAAAGGCAUCGGAGCCUUUACCAACGAGCUGGUCCAGAGGACAGCACAAGCCAAUGUCCCGAGGAAUUUCUCAGUGAACCUGGCGACCAAGACGAGUGUUCUCCUGACCUGGGAGUUCCCUGAGAGCCCCUACCCCUACCACUUCACUGUGGAGUAUAACCGCCAGAAGAUGGAGGUGGAUGCCAAGCUGAGAAAAGCAGUGAUCCCCAAUUUGCAGCCAGAUACCGACUAUGACUUCAAGAUCACCUCCUCUGAGGGCAAUAUGGGCGGGUUGAGGCACCGCAUCCACGCCAAGACCUCUCCACCAAUUGCCAUCCGCCGUCCGGAGAUUGACCACAGCCGUGACACGGAGACCACCAUCACCAUAAUCCUGCCCUCGCUGGAGAAUCGCAUCCCUGUCAAGAACCUGUAUGUGGUGGUAGUUCCUCUGAGGAGGGCGAGGGGGGUCAUUAGACAUCUCAAGAGCCCAGACGAGAUGGACUUGGAGGAGUUGUUGAAGGACAGCAGUCAGAGACAGAGGGGAUCUAGACAGCAGAAACAGGUAGACCUGCGCAGAGCCUACAUCUCAGCCCUCUUCACCCCUGCUACUCUGCCAGCCUUCUUCACUCUGGGGGACCAGCUGGACUAUGGAGGCUUUGAGAACCGCGCUCUAGAACCAGGACAGGAGUACGUGUUCUUCAUCUUGGCAGAACUCAAUGGCACCACAGUGAAGAUGUAUGCGGACAGUCCGUACACAGAGCCAGUGAUCGCUCCGGACUCAGACCCCCAGCCCCUGGAUGCGGGGGAUGGUCUGAUCUGGGUGGUGGGACCCGUCCUGGCCGUAGUCUUCAUCAUCUGCAUCGUCAUCGCCAUCCUGCUCUACAAGAACAACAAGCCAGACAGUAAGAGGAAGGACUCCGAGCCAGGCACCAAGAGCCUUCUGUGUAAUGCUGAGAUGAUGGCCCACCACCCCACAGACCCUGUUGAGAUGAGACGCAUCAACUUCCAGACCCCUGGUAUGAUGAGCCACCCUCCCAUUCCCAUCACAGAGCUGGCUGAACACACAGAGAUACUCAAGGCCAAUGAUAGCCUGCGUCUGUCUCAGGAGUACGAGUCCAUCGACCCCAGUCAGCAGUUCACCUGGGAGCACUCCAACCUGGAGGUGAACAAGCCCAAGAACCGCUAUGCUAACGUCAUCGCCUAUGACCACACCCGCGUCGUCCUCGCCCCCAUAGAAGGUUCAAGUCCAGGUAUCCUAGGCAGUGACUACAUCAAUGCUAACUACAUAGACGGCUACAGGAAGCAGAAUGCCUACAUCGCCACACAGGGCCCGCUGGCAGAGACAUUCGGGGACUUCUGGAGGAUGGUGUGGGAACAGAGAGCAGCCUCUGUGGUCAUGAUGACCAGACUGGAGGAGAAGUCACGGAUAAAGUGUGACCAGUACUGGCCAAGCCGGGGUACCGAGACCUAUGGGAUGACUCAGGUCACCAUACUGGACACUAUGGAACUGGCCACAUUCUGCGUGCGCACCUUCUCCCUGCAGAAGAAUGGUUGUAAUGAGCGGAGGGAGCUACGUCAGUUCCAGUUCACUGCCUGGCCAGACCACGGUGUACCAGAGUACCCCACUCCGUUCCUGGCCUUCCUACGCAGGGUUAAAGCCUGCAACCCCCCUGACGCUGGUCCUGUCAUCGCACACUGCAGUGCGGGCGUGGGUCGUACCGGUUGCUUCAUCGUGAUCGACGCCAUGCUGGAACGGAUCAGACACGAGCACACGGCUGAUAUCUAUGGUCACGUGACUCUGAUGAGGUCACAGCGGAACUACAUGGUGCAGACGGAAGACCAGUACGGUUUCAUCCACGAGGCGCUGCUGGAAGCAGUGGCUUGUGGGAACACGGAGGUGGCGGCCCGGAGCCUGUUCUCCUACAUGCAGAAGCUGGGCAAUGUGGAGAGUGGAGAGCACGUCACUGGCAUGGAGCUAGAGUUCAAGCGUCUGGCCAACACCAAAGCCCACACGUCUCGGUUUGUCAGUGCCAACCUGCCAUGUAACAAGUUUAAGAACCGCCUGGUCAACAUCAUGCCCUAUGAGACCACCCGCGUCUGUCUGCAGCCAAUCCGAGGUCUGGAAGGAUCAGAUUACAUCAACGCCAGCUACAUCGAUGGAUACAGGCAGCAGAGAGGUUACAUGGCCACCCAGGGCCCACUGGCUGAGACCACAGAGGACUUCUGGAGGAUGCUGUGGGAACACAACUCUACCAUCGUGGUCAUGCUCACUAAACUGAGAGAGAUGGGACGGGAGAAGUGCCAUCAGUACUGGCCUGCAGAGCGGUCUGCUCGGUACCAGUACUUUGUAGUGGAUCCCAUGGCUGAAUACAACAUGCCUCAGUAUAUCCUCAGAGAGUUUAAGGUCACCGAUGCAAGGGAUGGCCAAUCACGGACAGUUCGUCAGUUCCAGUUCACCGAUUGGCCAGAGCAGGGAGUUCCUAAAUCUGGAGAGGGCUUCAUCGACUUCAUUGGCCAGGUGCACAAAACCAAGGAGCAGUUUGGACAGGACGGCCCAAUCAGUGUCCACUGCAGUGCGGGUGUGGGGCGGACCGGAGUCUUCAUCACUCUGAGUAUUGUUCUGGAGAGGAUGCGUUAUGAGGGAGCUGUGGACAUCUUCCAGACUGUCAAGAUGCUGAGGACACAACGCCCUGCCAUGGUACAGACGGAGGAUGAGUACCAGUUCUCCUACCAGGCUACCCUGGAGUACCUGGGGAGUUUUGACCACUAUGCAACCUAAGAGAGGAGAGGAACUGUCAUCCCUCCAUCCUUCUGUUCAGAUAGAGGUCCACAGAGACGAGGAACAACGAAAGAGAAGCGAAGACUGGAAAACGACUAAACAAUUAACCUUAUAUCCCAUUGGAGGGGCGACGCUACUAACAAGGAGUAAUUAUACAAGAACAACAACAGCAACAUACAAAACAACAAUAACAACAACAACAUACAAAACAACAAUAACAUACAAAAUAACAACAACAACAUACAAAACAACAACAACGAGACAAAUGUCAAAUUAAACCUGUACUCUCAGGAAAGACCUGCAAAGGAUGUGUUGGGAGUCAGAGACAGACUAUUACAUGUGUAAUCCUGCAUAUUCUUCUUACCUCAGUGUUUUAUAAAACCUGUGUGUUGUGGUCAGCUAUUUCAAAAACAAAACCAGUGAUGUAUGAAAGGACAACUAAAAGCCUGGAUAUCUGCUGCACCUUAAAUGGGUUUUCUAUCUUAUCUUUCUAUCUGUGGGUUUAGUGUACGAGGGGGGAACACUUCCACGUGUCUGUGGGUUUAGUGUACGAGGGGGGAACACUUCCACGUGUCUGUGGGUUUAGUGUACGAGGGG